UUCAAAAUGCCAAAAUGUGAGAAAAAAAUUGAAAUCAUCUGUUUAAAAGUAAAAAUAUGGGAUUGAAAAGCCAAAGUAAGGAGUUGAAAAGGUCAAAAUAUGACUUAAAAUUUAAAAUUGUGAAUCUGGAAGAUACAAAUGUGACAUAAAGUCUGAAUUAUAAGUUGAAAAGGUCAAAGUAUGAAAUGAAAAGUCAAAAUCAUAAGUUUGAGAUCUUUGCUCAAAAUUUAAAAUCCCACCCCCCCAUUCUUGACUUUUUAUGAAAUCUUUCUUACUUUUAUUUACUGAGUUGAUGUACCUUAAAAAUGGCUAGGUACCUGCUACUAAACAAAUACUGUUUUUUCAGCACUAUUUAACAUAGUCAGUGCAAAUGUUUUUAUUUUUAUUAACCUUUUGGGGUUUACAAUGUAAAUCAUAUAUCUUAAGUCCAACUUACAGCAAUUAUUUCCACUACUUUAAAAAAAUAACAUCAGUUUAAGCAAAUAUUUUGAGUUAAAUAAGAGACAUAAAAUGUUUGCAUGCAUGUCCCUCCAGGGCUUCUGUAAAGGGUUGCUUUCUUAACUAAACAGAUUUUGAGUGGUUAAAAUUUUGAGGGGAUUUGGGUUAAAUUUUCUCCAUAGGGAGGUGGUGUUCAGUGCUGAGGUUGGACCAGUUGAGAACCAAAGAUUUGAAACAUAAAACAAACUUUUGAUAAGAAAAAGUGUUGCACUUUGUUGUUAGAUUUAAAAAAAGUUGAACAAACCUUUUUCUGCCUGUCUUUCUCUAAGGCCCAUAGGAGCUGUCCGUCAAACCUGGACGCCAUGGUAACCAAAGUGUGAUCUGCUUCAAUGGCUGUCACAGACAGCCCAAGCCCGAAGGAUAGAAAGCGUGUGAGAUGACCCUGCACAGAGCAAAGAGUGUCUUUUCAUACACUUCCUCCAUGAGAGUCUUCCCUGGUUACAGUCAUAAUAUUGAUGAUACCUGUCCUGAGCCCACAUCCACCACCCUGCUGCAGGUCUGAUCACAAAGGUGUUUAACCAGCUGUGGAUCAAACUGAAGAAACAGAUCAAAAACCCUGUUAAAGAUGAGUAUACGUUGUUAAUUAUAUUAGGAUGUGAAAUAUUCCUGUACCGUGCCCAGUUUACAGAUCUCGUGCAGCUUCUUGGGUUUGACGUGUUUCCUGAAUAUGUGACCCAGCAGAGAGCUCUGACUUUGAUUCUCCUGAAACUCCUCAGAGCCGGUCGCUCUGCCUCUCUCCUCUCUGCACUCUCUGGGAAACGCAAGAGCAUGAGCUGUGGCACGAAACGCCAGGAGUGACAGAGGCUACACGCAGGGAUACCUGAUGAGAUAAAGUGUCAGGGGUUUUAUUUAGAUCACACAGAAGUCAGAAUGUGAUCAUUUUCUUAUGUUAGUAUAUUGCAUGUUUGAAGAACAAAGUUUGAUUGAAAGACCAAACCCUCUAGCUUUAAGCAUCUUUACACUACUAUCCCGGGUUAACAAGGCUUUACAUCUGUUCUGAGCAUUCGAUUAUUCGGACAAGCUAAAUGUCUACAAGAAGUGGUUGGAUAUUCGACAGCUCAGAUUAAAGACUGUCCCACAAACUGACAUGAUCUGCUGUAUCCCACAAGUAAAGAAAAGCUUAAGGACCUCAAAUGUAUAUAGAUGGUCUGAUAAUGACCCAGUAGUACCUCCUGUUGUCUCCAUUGUUAGCAUCCAGUAGCAGAUCUGCAACCUGUGGAUAUGUCAGGUCUUGUAGCACCAACUGCCGUGAGUCUGGUGUGCCGGAGAUCUUGAGUGAAGAACUCCUGAUGGAGAACAGUAAACCUGCAGUUUUUAAGGGAAUCACAACUGGAUGGAUUAUGAGUACCAAUAUCAAACUGUACACAAUGAACAAGAGGAUUCAGUGGCUCUAAAUCAGUAGUGCAGUUAACUGCUAGGGUUGUAUUGCAAUAGGGCUGAACGAUUUUGGAAAAACAAUCUAAUUGUGAUUUUUUCCCCCAAUAUUGCAAUUGUGUUUUGAUAUGCGAUUAUUCCUUAACUUUCUUAAAUUCCUAAACAGUGAACAAUUCCUUUAAAGUGUCUAACUCUGAUGAUUUUGACUUGUAUGGCAAAUCGGGUCUGAAUGAUUACAUUGAAAGGUUUUUGUCAUUCUUAUAUUAAAUGAAUAAGUAAAAAAAUCAAGAAGGCAGGAUGUUUUAGACUAUUCUGAAAAAAGCACCUGAAUGAUUGCAUAUGUCAUGCAUAACAUCUCUGCUGCAAAAAAGUUUAAAAACUGGUAUUGUGACACAAAUUUAGGUCAAAGAGAUAUUGCACCUUUUGUGAUUUGAAAAUUGCAGCAGGCCAUAUUGCGAUCCAAUCUAAUUUUCAAUUAAUUGCCCAGCCCUAUAUUGAAAAUAGUUCAAAAAUCGGUUAGCUAAACUAGGGAUAUAAUAGUUCAAGGUCAAAUAAACAUCUGAGAUACAGUAUGCAAAGAGAAAUGUCAUUCUAUUAUAUGAUUUUUAUUUUGGAGACAAGGAUAUAAUAACAAUAUAUUAGUAAUUAUUGAUAUUAUUUAUAUUAUUGUGAUGCCCAAUAGUAUGAAACAGGCUGUGAAAAAUACAUUUCUUUUACCAAAUUGUGUCUAAGAGGGAGAUGAAUCAUCUCAUGUUAAAUUUGACACCUAUUUUAUACUGAGUUUAAGACUGAAAUGCCUUCUAGUUUUAGUCACUUUAGUCAUAUCUUCCCUAUAUAUAUAGUGCAUUCAGAAUAGAGCUGGGCAAUUAAUGGAAAAUUAGAUUAAUUUUUUUUGGAAGCAGAGAUGUUAUGCACAACAUAUUACGCAACCAUUCAAGACCCAUUUUCUCAAAUAAUCUACAAAAAAAUCCUACUUUCUUCAUUUUUGUACAGUGUUCUGAUUAAAUAUGAGGACAUAAAAAUUCCCUUUAUUUGUGUAACAUUUACUACACAAAUGAUUAAAUAAAGAUAUGCGUUUCUUUGAUAAGAGUGGUUAUUAUUUAGGUCAAAUAUAAAAUAUGGUUUUCACAGCUUAACUAUACAAUGGACCAUGGUUUUGCUGACCUCCAUGGCCCCCCAGUUUGGCUGGGUCCUGGAGACCUCCCCAUUUAUCCCCCUUAUGGACAGCCUUGUCUGCACUAUUCUUGAAUAUGAAUGGCUGUUCUGCUACCUUCAGGUACAGUGGGGGUCCCCGGUCUCUAGCACCUUUAUUCUGGGGGUCACGAGCUGAAAAGGUUGAGAGCUCCUGUGAUAGACAAGAGUUAGAGGUUCACAAUUUUAUCGGCCUGAUAUCAGCAGGUAUUAGCUAAAAAAGGCAAUUAUCGGAAUUAGUAGAUCUACAAAUUUCUGCUGAUAUUUACAUCCGAUAUUUUUACCAUGAAUAUCAGUGUAGACUGUAAAAUUGAGCCAUAUGAUAAUAAAUUAGUGGAGUUUUAGGUUGGACUAACAGACCUGUGUAAGUUUAGAUCUUUUUCUUAAUUCAUCCUCAUUCUUUAAACUUUAAAUUGCCUUUUAAGAAAAAUAGAUUAUUCUUUCCUCUCAAACCUUAAAUUGUGUUCAAAGAACUGAAUUUUUAGUUAUGUAAAUCAUAUUUAAAUAUCAGUUUUGAUAUUUGUAUAGGCUAAAAUGAAUCUGUAAAUAUCGGCAUAUCAGUUUUUGGCAAUAAUCCAACAUUGUGCAUCCCUAACAAGACCUGAUGCAUUGAAGUAGUCAAAUUCUUACAUCAGCUGCAGCUCUGUACCCAUUUAGAUAAGAAUUAAUGCAUUUGUCGUUCGAAUAUAGGAAAGUUUGACAGCAUUGUGUUUCUCCUGCAGGAUGAUACAUCUUUACUGGUGUCAGUCAAUACAAACUAGACUCAAAGGGUAAAGAACUACAGAGGAGAUCGCUGCAUGAUUGUGACACACCGAGGACUUCUUUAGACACUUUGGACUUGUUUUAACUGGAGCCAUGUCGGACAUUGGAAUAAAUAUGCACAUAGAGGUGACAGUUUCAGACAGUCAUGGAAUGAGGAGAACUGAGAGAAAUAUCAGAUUUCCUGGGCAGAAAAACUCCGGGAGGUGCAAACAAAACAGCAAAACUGCUGGAAAAAAUACAAACAGGAGCAAGUUCAGCGUCACAAUGGAGCACCUGCAGAGCAUCCUUCAGUUCCUGCUUCCAGAACAAAGACAUUUGAUACUUCAGCUCCAGCUCCUGCAAGGGACAUGGCCAGUGCUCCAUCUCUUACCUGUAAGCCUCCAACGCCACAACAAAGCAAAGAUACAUCUGCUAUACAGAGCAAAGACACUGCUACAUUGUGCAAACCUGAGCCUUCUAUGUCAACACACAGCAAAGGCACACCUCCACCAAUCAGAGACGACAGCUGUUUACCCCAUAGCCUCAUGCAUCCAGCAUCGACAGCCAGCACCAUUGCCUACACUGACCAUGUAGACUACAGCGACCACCACAAAAAGUCAGAAGAACAUAAGAGCAAACAUUCAGAACCCCUCACCACAGUCUCGUCUAUGUAUAGCAGCCACAGAAAGCAUAAAAAAAAGACAUCAGCCACUCUGUGCCCCUCAAAGUACGUGGCUAUUGACUGUGAGAUGGUUGGCGCCGGCCCAGAGGGCAGUAUCAGCCUACUGGCUCGCUGCAGCGUGGUGAACUACGACGGAGACAUACUCUAUGAUGAAUUCAUCAAACCCACCAUGCCUGUCACAGACUAUCGCACAAGAUGGAGUGGCGUCAGGGAAAAAGACCUCAGACAUGCUACAAAUUUCUCUGAGGCCAAGAACAAGAUACUGAGGCUAAUAACGGGGAAGGUGCUGGUCGGCCACGCUCUCCACAAUGACUUCAAGGCUCUGAGUUACAUCCAUCCCGCUCACAUGACCAGAGACACGUCUCAAAUCCCGCUGCUCAACAAGAAGGCCGGCUUCUCUGACAGCCAGUGCGCCUCGCUGAAAAGACUCACCAAGGCCAUCUUCAACAAGGACAUCCAGACUGGCAGGAGGGGCCACUGUUCUGUGGAGGACGCCAGAGCCGCGAUGGAGCUGUACAAGGUGGUGGAGGUGGAGUGGGAGAAUGAGCUGAACAGCAAAUCCCAGGCCAGUUAGUGCCAACAUGGACAUAAAUGAAGCAUUAAUUGACUUCUGGUGCUGUUGGUUUGUGGUUUGGACCAGUUUGGACUCUCUGGUUACAAAAUCCAAAACAUUUUUUGUGUUGUUUCAUGUGAUUGAAGAUGUGACAGAAAACUGAAGCUGCUCCUUCAGUGUCCUGGAUAAACCUCAACAAGCUGCCUGAACUUUACAGGAAAAAACAUAUAACAGCUCUGCUCUGACCUUCGCUUUAAACAGUACAGUCUUCCUCAGGGUUAGCAGGGGUUCUAAAAGGUGCUGCUGCCACCAGGGGGCAGUCAUGUAUUCAUUCCAACAACAAAGUCACAUCAGGAGUCUGUUACUUUGAUUUGACACAUGAAGAAGAACUUAAAGGUUUAUUUUAGCUGUCACCAACAAUCAUUCUCAUGUCACCGUCCUUUAUUUUUUUAUCAUCUUUCUCUUCAAGUGUGAAAAUAUUCAAAGCCUCAAACUUUGCAAAAGGUUGCAAAGUUUUAUUCCUUCAUUUAAUUCUGAUUAGUAAAACAUUAGUGUGAUUUUGUUUCUCUUCUGUGGUACUCUGCAAGAAACUUUAAAGAUGUUUUAAAUCUAAAUGUUAUUCCUGCAUUUGACUGUAAAGGAGAGGGAUGAUUUUCAGACCAAGAGCCUUAAAGUUCAACUUAAAGACAGUAUUUUUAAACUUACAUUCACUGCUUUUCAAAAUGUGACUUUAUGUAAAUACAUGCACGUGAAAACCACUCUAGUGUUUGUGCCUAAAUGUAAAUGAUUAUUCAUGUAGCCAGUAACUGAAAUUUCAAUAUGGACUGCAAACCAAUAAAUUUUGCUUGGGUAAUAA